AUGGAUUGCUCUGCAGUUUUGUUAGCCUCUCUCUCUCUCUCUCUCUCUCUCUCUCUCUCUCUUUCUCUCUCAUUUAAAGGGCCUUUUUUUAAUUUCUUCUGCCUUUCCAAAUCUCUCUCUACUUAUUUGAAUCUAUCUCGAGUUUUUCUAUUUCUUUCUUUCUUUCUUCUCUUCCCCCAAGGUGCCCUAUUUCUUUUAUCUAUUACAUUCAGUCGAAUUCCGACCCUUGUGGAACCAGACAGCUUGUCACAUAGUGAUCAUGCCCGAGGAUUUUCCCCUCCUUUCCCAUUCGACAUAUUUCUUUCUUUUAUUCUUUCAUUCUUCUAUUUCUCUUACCUCUGCUUUUAUUUUAUUUCUUUUUCUUUUUCCUUUUUCUUUUCUUUCAUUCUUCUAGUCGUAUUUUCUUUCUUUCAUUCGUCUAUUUCUCUUUCCUCUUUUCUCUCUUUCAUCCUUCUUUUUCCACUUUUCUUUCUUUCACUUUUUUCUAUUUUUCUCUUUUCUUUCUUUCAUUUUUCUGUUUUUGUCUUUCCUCUUUUCUCUUUCUUUCAUUCCUCUAUUUCUUUUUCCUUUCCUUUUUCUUUCAUUCUUUUAUUCUCUUUCUCCGUCAUCGUCUUCUAUUCCUUCUUAUAUUUUUUCCUCUUCUUAUGA